CAGUGUUUCAGUACUCAGGUACCUGAAGUACCUGCUUGAAUCCAGAUGCACUUUUUUUCUUCCUUUCAUAUGGAAAAUGGGGAUAUACUCUGCAGUGAUUUUGAAUACAGCCCAGCAACAGCAAGCUUGAACAGCAGUUUUGUGAAGAUUACAACAUCAAGGGGACCGUGGCACAAAUUCUUACUUCUCACUAACAGAAAGAAGACAAAACCCCCAAUAAAACAGAAAGAGAAGAGGACUAAGAGGACUACAGCUGUAUGCACAAGGCAAGGCAGUAACAUAAAGACCUGUCAAACAGAGGAUAAGAAAGAAACAAAAGUAAGGAGAGAAACAAUCUUGUUUUGAAGCUUUUUGUAGAAAGGUUUCUGAGCUUUCAGCUUCCUGCAGAGAAACAAUGGCGACAGAUCCUGGGAAUGUAUUUUACCUUGCCGCUUGUGCGUUUGCUAAUAUCUCAUCUGACUGUGAAACAUAGAAGGCAGCAACCACAAAUACUGAGACAUGGAUUUAUUCCACUUCAUUCUAGGUGUUGCUUGAGAGUCGACUGGGCAGUCCUUUGUAUUUUCAUUGAAGGAUCAAUAUUUCAAGAUGUGCAAAGGAGAGGGGUCUGACUGACAAGCUGCCCUAUUAUUCUAACUAUGACUGGAUUGACUGAACAUUACUUCAAAGUCACUAUUCUAGGCCACCUAGUCUGAUGAAGUUGGACUUCAUUCUUCAAGAGUGAUUUACUAAUACAGCCCGAAAUCAUGAUGAAAGAGAUGAGUGUCUCUGCAAGCAAAGCUUCCUUGGUCCUCUUUUUGUGCCAAAUGAUUUCUGCAUUGGAUGUACCUCUUGACUCAAAACUUCUAGAAGAAUUGUCACAACCUCCUACGAUAACUCAGCAGUCUCCAAAAGAUUACAUUGUUGACCCCCGAGAGAAUAUUGUAAUACAGUGUGAAGCAAAAGGAAAGCCACCUCCUAGCUUCUCCUGGACACGCAACGGGACUCAUUUUGAUAUAGAUAAAGAUGCACAGGUGACAAUGAAACCAAAUUCAGGCACUCUUGUCAUAAAUAUUAUGAAUGGUGGGAAGGCAGAAGCAUAUGAGGGAGUGUACCAGUGUACAGCAAGGAAUGAGCGAGGAGCAGCCAUUUCCAACAAUAUUGUUAUAAGGCCUUCUAGAUCCCCGUUGUGGACAAAAGAAAAACUAGAACCUAACCAUGUUCGAGAAGGUGAUUCACUAGUACUGCACUGCAGACCUCCUGUUGGCUUACCACCACCUAUAAUAUUUUGGAUGGACAAUGCUUUCCAAAGGCUUCCUCAAAGUGAAAGGGUUUCCCAAGGUCUAAAUGGAGAUCUUUAUUUUUCUAAUGUACAACCAGAAGACACCCGGGAGGACUAUAUCUGCUAUGCAAGAUUUAAUCAUACACAAACUAUACAGCAGAAACAACCUAUUUCUGUAAAAGUCUUUUCAAUGGAUUCAUUGAAUGACACUAUAGCUGCUAAUUUGAGUGACACUGAUAUUUUUGGUGCAAAGCCAGUGACAGAGAGACAGCCAGUUCUUCUAACACCAACAGGUAGCACGAGUACCAAAGUGGAACUCAGAGGAAAUGUGCUUUUGUUGGAGUGCAUUGCAGCAGGAUUACCCACGCCAGUAAUUCGCUGGAUUAAAGAAGGUGGGGAACUGCCAGCCAACAGGACGUUUUUUGAAAACUUUAAGAAAACUCUCAAGAUUAUAGAUGUUUCUGAAGCUGACUCUGGGAACUAUAAGUGCAUAGCAAGAAAUAUAUUAGGGUCUGCUCAUCAUGUCAUUUCAGUGACUGUGAAAGCUGCCCCGUACUGGAUAACAGCACCCAGAAACUUGGUCUUGUCACCUGGAGAAGACGGGACAUUGAUCUGCAGAGCUAAUGGCAAUCCAAAGCCUAAUAUAAGCUGGUUAGCAAACGGCGUCCCUAUAGCAAUUGCUCCAGAAGAUCCUAGCAGGAAGGUAGAUGGUGAUACCAUUAUCUUCUCACAUGUGCAAGAAAGGUCAAGUGCUGUAUAUCAAUGCAAUGCUUCUAAUGAAUAUGGAUAUCUGCUAGCAAAUGCAUUUGUGAAUGUUCUGGCUGAGCCACCACGAAUUCUAACUCCUGCUAAUAAGCUCUAUCAAGUCAUCGCAGAUAGUCCAGCAUUGCUAGACUGUGCUUAUUUUGGCUCACCUAAACCUGAAAUUGAAUGGUUUAAAGGAGUGAAAGGUAGCAUCUUGCGUGGAAAUGAAUAUGUUUUCCAUGAUAAUGGAACCUUGGAGAUUCCAGUGGCUCAAAAGGAUAGUACUGGUACAUAUACAUGUGUAGCAAGGAAUGCAUUAGGAAAGAUACAAAACGAGGUGCAGCUGGAAGUUAAAGAUCCAACAAUGAUAAUUAAACAGCCAGAAUACAAAGUGAUUCAGAGAUAUGGCCAAGUUUCAUUUGAGUGUAUAAUAAAACAUGAUUCUACUUUGUCACCAACAAUUAUAUGGUUGAAGGACAAUGAUGAACUGCCAGAUGAUGAAAGGUUUCUAGUUGGUAAAGACAACUUGACCAUUAUGAAUGUAACUGAUAAAGAUGAUGGAACAUACACUUGCAUAGUUAAUACUACUCUGGACAGUGUUUCAGCAAGUGCUGUGCUUACUGUUGUUGCUGCUCCCCCAACUCCAGCUAUCAUUUACGCUCGACCAAAUCCACCUUUUGACUUGGAAUUGACAGGUCAGCUAGAAAGAAGUGUUGAACUGUCAUGGAUACCAGGAGAUGAAAAUAAUAGUCCUAUCACAAACUUUGUGAUUGAAUAUGAAGAUGGGCUGCAUGAACCAGGGGUAUGGCAUUACCAGACGGAAGUUCCUGGAACUCAGACAACAGUACAAUUGAAGUUGUCUCCAUAUGUCAACUACUCAUUCCGUGUGAUAGCUGUCAAUGAGAUUGGCAGAAGUCAGCCGAGUGAACCAUCUGAGCAGUACCUGACAAAAUCUGCAAACCCUGAUGAAAAUCCUUCUAAUGUACAAGGGAUAGGCUCAGAACCUGAUAAUUUGGUAAUAACAUGGGAGUCUUUGAAAGGUUUUCAGUCUAAUGGACCAGGGCUUCAGUACAAAGUCAGCUGGCGUCAGAAAGAUGUUGAUGAUGAGUGGACAUCUGUUAUAGUUGCAAAUGUAUCUAAGUAUAUUGUGUCUGGUACACCAACUUUUGUUCCCUAUGAAAUAAAAGUACAAGCUUUAAAUGACCUUGGAUAUGCACCAGAGCCAUCAGAGGUGAUUGGACAUUCAGGGGAAGACUUGCCAAUGGUUGCUCCAGGCAAUGUGCAGGUUCAUGUUAUUAACAGCACACUAGCAAAGGUGCACUGGGACACAGUUCCACUGAAAACUGUCCGAGGACACCUUCAAGGGUACAAAGUUUACUACUGGAAAGUACAGAAUCUGUCCAGAAGGAGUAGGCGGCAUGUAGAAAAAAAGAUCUUGACAUUCAGGGGAAACAAGACAUUUGGAAUGUUGCCAGGGCUGGAGCCCUAUAGUUCUUACAAGCUUAAUGUUAGAGUUGUAAAUGGUAAAGGAGAAGGACCAGCAAGCCCAGACAAAGUAUUUAAGACCCCUGAAGGAGUUCCUAGCUCACCCUCGUUUUUGAGGAUUACGAACCCAACAUUGGACUCUCUGACUCUGGAGUGGGGUUCACCUACUCAUCCAAAUGGUGUUUUGACCUCAUAUAUACUGAAGUUUCAGCCAAUUAACAACACACAUGAGUUGGGCCCCUUGGUUGAGAUACGAAUUCCUGCUAAUGAGAGCAGCUUGAUACUGAAAAAUCUAAAUUACAGCACACGCUAUAAGUUUUACUUUAACGCACAAACCUCAGUUGGAUCAGGAAGUCAGAUUACUGAGGAAGCAAUAACAAUUAUGGAUGAAGGUAAGAUGGCUGAUAUUCUCCACCCUGCUAUAGGUGCAGGCAAAGGAUAUUCAGAAAUCCUUUUUGCAACCUUCCCAGUCAUGUACACUGUCCGUCCAACAUUCUAUAAGGUGCAACCACUUUAUCCAAGGAUCAGAAAUGUUACCACAGCUGCCGCUGAGACCUAUGCCAAUAUCAGUUGGGAGUAUGAGGGACCAGAUCAUGCGAACUUUUAUGUUGAAUAUGGUGUAGCAGGCAGCAAAGAAGAUUGGAAAAAAGAAAUUGUAAAUGGUUCUCGAAGCUUCUUUGUGUUAAAGGGUUUAACACCAGGAACAGCAUAUAAAGUCCGGGUUGGUGCUGAGGGCCUGUCUGGUUUUAGGAGUUCAGAGGAUGUGUUUGAGACAGGUCCAGCAAUGGCAAGUCGGCAGGUAGACAUUGCUACUCAAGGAUGGUUCAUUGGUCUUAUGUGUGCUGUUGCUCUUCUCAUCUUGAUUUUACUCAUUGUUUGCUUCAUAAGGAGGAAUAAAGGUGGAAAAUAUCCAGUGAAAGAAAAGGAGGAUGCACAUGCUGAUCCAGAAAUACAGCCUAUGAAGGAAGAUGAUGGAACAUUUGGUGAAUACAGGUCCAUGUCUGCUUGGACAGGAAAGAAACUGGACAAGGAAAAGAAAAGAAAAGGUAGCUGUGCCAAUUCUCCUGAAGCAGACCCUGUCUUUACCAAAGCAAAGUCUGUGAGAUCUGACAGAUCCAACUUCUUCAGAAGGUCAGGGGAUCAAUACUCCAGCACCAGUUCAGAGACCUCCUACACCAGGAGGAGGGCUAGGCAGUCACCAGAGCUUGCAAGGGUUAGUUCUGUCCCUGCUUCCCUCUGCCAAGAGGAAAAAAGGUCAGACGCAUGGAAGUACAGGCAUGGCUCUAGACAUCACGCUUCUGAGCAACAGCUAAUGGGGUCGGAGGAGGGCUCAGAUUCUCAGGCAGGACAGCCAUCCCCUUCCCAUCAGCCCCUCAGCUCCAGCUCAUUUCAUGGCUCACUGGCGAGGCAGCACUCCUCUCUCCAGCACUGGUUCAGCCACACCCCAGACUACAGCUCAGAUUCAGAAGACAAUCAGAACUCCUGCCACCGGAAGGUAAGACCUUCUACUACUACCCACUUCUCUGAAUCUGAAAAGAAUUCGUUCAUGAAAUCUGUAGUUUUGCCUGAGCUAGCUACUGUCUUAAAGGAUGCUUUGACAGCAGCCAGGCAAAGUAUAAGCUCUGUGGCACAGGCUAGGUCCCAUUCAGUAAAGUGUCCCAGGGUACCAGUUACAGAAGUACCAGUGGUUCCUCUAGAAGCAACUGGGAGCAGUUCCCAAACUUUUGAAUCUGACCAUAGGAACAGUUUAAAAGAUCAAAGUGCCUCUCGGAAGGAGAAAUCUAAGCCUCAUAAGGCAUUGGAUGUUGAGUCAUCCCCUGAAGAUUGGGAGGUGUCAUCUGAGUCCCCUACAGAAGAGCAAGAAGGACCAGAACCUCUGCGUAAAUUUGACAUCAAGAACCAGAAUUAUCUGUUCAAGCACAUAGAGAGAGUGCUAAUGCUGAAAUCUUCCAAAGUGGAAGGUGCUUCAGAAGAACCGCUUCUCCCCUCUAACGAAGGCAAGCGGGAUAAUGCACUUCCUAUCGACUCAGCAGUGGAAGAGCUUGUGUGUGGGAUUUGGGAUAAUCCGGAGGCAAAGCAUGAAGCCCCAGCAGUCCUGCGUAAGCUUUAUCCUUUUCCAGUGGAUAAAGCUGCUUUGUGGGGGACCUUGCCUCAGGUAGACAGGGCAUUGGUUACUGGUGAUCCUGUUCUAUCAGUCCCUCUCCUUAAAGAUCCUACUGAUAGAAAGGUUGAGGAAGCAAUUAAAAGGUGUUUCAAGCUAGCUGCAGCCCAGCUCGGGGUAUCUAUCUACUGCACUUACGCUUCUAGAGCGUUACUAAUAUGGUUGAAGGAAGAACGAGCCAGAUUCAAAAGGAAAUGGGUCCCAUCUGGUGCCAUGCAAAGGAAGCACAGGCUAUGUAAAAUUGCAGCUAAUUUUAUCCAUGAUGCAGCUGAGGAUUCUCUUAGACUCACUGUUAAAAGCAUGGCGUGCCUCACUGUAGCCUGGAGAGCUGUAUGGCUACGACCUUGGACCUCAUCACUAGAUCUAAAAUGUAAACUGCUCUCUUUACCAUACACGGGUGGCAAGCUGUUUGGUGGAGCCUUGGUCCAGAUCAUGAAGGACUUCUCAGAACGCAAACACUCCUUAUGUCAGCUGAGAAAAAAGAGCUCUGUUAGAUGCUCUUCAUUUUCUUAUCCACACAAGUGUCUGAGCUCAUUUCGUUCUCCUCCCAAGUUUAAAGGGGGGAAGGGAAAGUAUAAGGUCUCACAAUCAUUUCAUGCCAAAUACAAAAGGACGUCUCACUUUCAGAGAGACAUCAGACCAUCAAGAGGAACUUUUUAAGAACACAAGCUUGCUUGCUUCCUCCUUUCUCAGGAACUGCCAAGAGUGAGCAACUUGGAAAUUUUUACUGAAUAGACUUCAGUAUUUCUGGACAACUAAGUCCAAGGCUUAGAAAAUUAGUUGUUUCAUAAUAAGAAUUAAAUAAUUGAAUUCCUUAUAUCUUAAUGACUAACUAGGAUAUUCUAGAGAAGUCACAGCUCUGAAUUUUAGGGGAGCAUUUUGCCACAUUCAGUUUCUAGCCUUCCCAGUAUUGUUGGGAUGGCUUGAACUUGUUUGAAGUUUGCACUCCUCAGCUUCAUCUAGAAGCAUACUUUGUGCAAAACCAGCCAAAGCUGGGUUUUCCUGCUGCACCAAUCUAAUGAAGGCAGCAACGCUUUAGAAAGUGCAGGUGUUUCAGGAUCCACAGAAUGACCUGGUACACUGUGUUCCUGUGACAGGAGGAAUACCUGCACUUUUGCAUCACAAGGGGAAACACUGCUGCUGCAGCAGCAAGCUGCACCACAAUCCCAGUGUUUUCCUUGAGUUGCAGAAGACCAAGGUAGUAAAUUGUGGACAGCGUGGAAUGUGUGCAGCAAGAAACUGCAAGAAAUACAACAACUACCACAAAUGUAUAUUUGUUUAAAAUAAAAUUCAUGGCUAUCUAAAGCUCCUGUUCAGGUCAGUGUAGGUAUAUAAAUCAGCCUACAUUUCCAUCAUGGGCCCUAAAUUGAGAAAUUAAGAAGUUGUGGCAUCUGCAGACCUAUGGAUUCAUGAACAGAGACUGCAAGCAUGCAUUUCUUCACAGGAGGUAUGAAAGUCUGGCACCUCAUUGCAGUCUGCAGAGUGUUGGUGAGAAGAUUCCACAGGGCAAGCAACUACAGCAGCAGGGCUGCUAGUCUGAUAAUGCAGGAUGUGUGCACCUCUUGAUGAAUUAUUAUGCCCAUUUUCUUCAGCAUUUUGACACACAGUAUUUUUGCUAGAAAUUCCUAGGUGUGCUGGGAGAGACUUUCUGGAAAUUGCCUGAGAGUUCUGAGAUUGCCAGAUAUUAAUCCUCCUUCUUGUUCUGGGUUGAUUAACAGUGAGAAUGUCAUUUGUAUCAUAAUAGUAUUUUUUUCUUUUGUAGUUAUUCAAGUUUUAUUGUAGCUUAGAAUUGUCUCCAGCAAUGUUUUGUGCCUCAGCACCAUAGUUCUAAGCUCGGUUCCUUCUAGUACAAGAGAUGAUGUCACUGGACUGCCUGAAAAAUUCUUGUCUUAGUCCUAUUGGAUUUGGCAGUAGUCUUAUUGUGUUCUCAUUUAUGCACACAGUCUUUCUUUGAUGGUUCUUAUUUGAAUUCUUGAACAUCUGUGUCAACACUUUUUAAAUCACAGCUUUGACUUCCCUUUCUAUAAUUUCCCACCAGAAGUGGAAAGUUGGUUGAAUUUCUCUCAAGAAGGGUUUUUUUUUUUUUCAGAUUUCCACAAGGAUAGAGUCAGGUUCCUUGAAUAAGAACAGUUCUUUCAACCCACUGCCAUUUAAAUGCACAGCCUAAUCUCCCCGUUUUUUCACCUUCUGCUAGGAUUGAAGACUGAGUAUAAUAGGGAUGUUAAAGCUAAGACUACUCGGAAAACUAAUGUAGAUGUGCCUAUGUCUUAGAUAGGUUAGAAAUAGUGCAAUAGUUUGAAGUCUUUCUACAGGUGCAUAAGUGUAUAGGGAAAGCAUUUUUCAUUAGCAUAGCCCUAUCCAUUUAGGAGCAUGAGUAGGGCAGGUGUUCUCCUGGAGCGAGGAGGGAUGCCAUAGUGCAAGGUACUUUUGUGAUUGCUUAUCCUGAAACACUUCUGGGCUGUCACCCUGAGGGCAUAGAAAAAAGGACUUUACUGCCGACAGUUUUUAUCUUCUUCAUCCUCUUUCUGAGUCCAAUAGCCCAGAAUGCUUUACCCAUUUUGUUUGAUUUAUGUUUCCUUUCAUAUGACAGUUGUGUUACAAGGAAAAGUAGUAUAUUGCUAACCAUAUAUUGAGUCUUUUUGCAUGUCCAUGACUGUGGCAAAGUUUAGUGGGAACUAGUUGCCUGCUGGACUGCAGAGGCAUCGUAAAACUGUCUUCCCCAUUCUGACUGGUUGCUGCAUGUACCCAUAUCUAAGGAAGAAAAAUUGAAAAGUUGAAAGAAGAAAGGAAAUUUCAAGUGAUGCAGAGGACCAUAAACCUCUAAAAAAAGGCAGCCGGACACCUUCAGACAGAACUGUGAAAAAAGAAGACAGUGAUGAU